AGAGGAGGGAAGAAGAAGAAUCGGCUAAGAACUGCUGCACUGGUCGGGUUUAGGAGUGUGCAGCAGGAGCACACAGUAACCACCAUUAUGAUGACCACCAAGAGGUUAGACAACUUCGAGGUGGAUUGUGAGUGGGCUUCAUGCGACUUCACGGGCCGCACCAUGGAGGAGCUGAGCGACCACAUGUAUCUGCAUCUGAGGGACUAUCUGGGAGACAAAGAUGCCCUGGAGGAGCUGGAUGAGUAUGCUUGUCUCUGGAAUGGAUGUGAAUUUCUGUCCAUGGGUAGCCCUUCAGAGCUGGAGGUUCACGCUUACUUCCACAACUACCAUGGUAAGCUCAAGUUUAUUGGGUCACAGCUGCUCAAGUCUCGUCCUGACCUGCCGAGCUGCAACCAAGGCCUGCACAGCAACAACCUGGUCCCUGAAGGAUCGGAUGGGUACGCUUGCCAAUGGGAGCAUUGUGAUAGUACAUUUAAUAACCCUGAGUGGUUCUAUCGACAUGUGGACAAUCACGUAGAAAGUGCUGAGCCACAGUCUCUCUCACAGCAGCAGCAGGCGCUCUUCUGCCACUGGGCAGGCUGCGAUGCCUUCUUCAAGAUCAGGUACCGUUUGAGAGAGCACCUGCGGAGCCACACUCAGGAGAGACUUGUGGCCUGUCCUACAUGUGGCAGCAUGUUCUCCAGUAACACAAAGUUGUUUGACCACCUCCACAGACAGGCCGAGCCAAUAGAAUCGCUGGUAUGUGAACAUUGCGGCAAAGCCUUUUCCAGCGAGAGACUUUUGAGGGAUCACAUCCGUCAGCAUGUGAAUCAGGUCAAGUGUCCCUUCUGUGACAUGACCUGCACCACUUUGGCAGCUCUGAAGAUCCACAUCAGAUUCCGUCACUGUGAUGAGCGUCCCUUCCCUUGUGACUUCUGUGACAAAAGAUUUAAGAACCAACGUGAUCUCCAAAAGCACACAGAAGUUCACAACGAAGGCACUGUGUACCACUGUACGGUGGAGGGUUGUGAUUACUCUUGUCACACAUUCCAAACCAUGAGCCACCACUUCAAGAGGGUCCAUGAGGUUGGAGGGAUGUCUAAAUAUAAAUGUCACAUCUGUGAUAAAGUGUUUUCUUGGUGUUACACUCUCACACUCCACCUCCGUAAGAAGCAUGAGCUCAAAUGGCCUUCUGGACAUUCCCGCUUUAGAUACAGGAAGGAUGUAGACGGCUUCCUAAAAGUCAACAUGGUGCGUUUUGAGACUGUUGAAGUGACCAAGGAGAUCAUGAAAAACAUGGCCAAAAAGCCACAGAGCCUUCGAAAGAGUUUGAGAAGCAGCAGCCGGAACAAAAGAGGCGACGUCCCACCGGAGAGCGGCCGAAGCUCUCCGACAGGAUCCUCCUCACCCUCCUCAAGCUCCUCCUCCUCGUACUCCUCGGACCUCUCUGGAGCCGAGGACAUGUCGUCUCAGCCCAGCCCCCGAGGCAGCGACUCGCCCGUCUACUGCGUGAUGAGCACCAUUCCUGACAUUGAGGAGGAGCCUGGUGGACUAUCGCAGGACAACUGUGAUGUUAGCGGGACUUCUGGAGCUGUUCAGGCCCUGACGGAAGUUGCGAGGGGCCUCGGCAUGGAUGUGGUGUGAUUGUCCGGGUCGGAUCACAGAUGUUCAGCGUUGACUCUCAUGUAGCUGUUAUGCAAUUCUAUUUGUUUUGUCUGUUUUUAAUAUUUUGCUGUGGAGCCACCAGUGGAGACGUUAAGCUUCCUCAUGCUCUGCAGUGCUCUUCACACUACAUCGAGAAGGUCAUCGCUACAGUGGUUUUAAAGACCAAACUUUCAUUAUAGCAGCUCUUAACGUCUCGUACUUAUGAGAUCGCCUGUGAAACAAAGAUGGAUAUUUUGACAAAGCUUAUAUGAAUGGAAAAUAGUUAAAAGCACUGCAAAGUUAGUUCUAUGAAACGUUGCUCUCCAUGCACUGCUCUGCUUUGGGGGAUGCUUCCAGAAUGUUGCCCCACAGAGAAUUUCAGAGGAUGUUAUUUUUGUUGCAGCCUCGAAUGUUGUUUAACUUUAUUGUUACACAUUUUAAAUACACUUUUUUUUUUAUACAAAAUGAA